UGUAUUUUGUGACAGUGACAGUCAACGUCAACGCAGUUAGUAUUUCAAAAUUUAAAUAUGAGUUCCAAUGAAAUUCUACAUGAAGGUUCCUAUGUAAGCCCAGAGUUCCUUACUAUGCCAGCAAAAAAUUCAAAAUUGUUGUCCUCCACGUUAUGGCUAGUUUCCUCGAUGUAUUCGGCUGCAAAAUUAGAUUUUUCUUCCAAUAUGGCAGGCGUAUCCAUUGGUUUCAAUCUCCAAGAUGUCCUGUUAAUAAUCCUCACAGCCUGGAUGUUGAAUAAAGGAUUGGCGACCAGAAACGUUGCAUUGAUAUUUCCAUGGGUAAUUGCAGCUACAUAUGGUUUGUAUUACAAUCAUUAUAAAAGUUUAGUAAGGAUGACUUCAACUUUAAAACCCAUUAAACAUGCUACACCUAUACCAUGGAUUGCUCUGUUCGUCACCUCAAUGGGUCUGGUGUUGAAGGCUAUUCUCAUAUUUAGGAUUUUGCAGUUAUCAGCCAAUUUGUGGUACAGAAAAAAAUUGGAAAAUGAAUUAUAUCAACCAUAAAUAUCAUUUAUAUUUGACAAAA